AUGAUUUUUCAGCAGCCAAUCUAUCUAUCUAUCUAUCUAUCUAUCUAUCUAUGUGUGUGCUUUCUUUCUUGUAUUUCUCUUUUUUUAUCAUUGUCCUUUCUUUUCUCUCUCAUGUUUCCUCUUUUCUUUCUUUCCUUUUCUUUACACAAAUAUAAUUUCCCACUCGGUCCAGCUGUAACAGAGAUGUACACUUUCUUCCUCACUCUGGUUUUCAUUUUUCUUUCUUUCUUCUUCUGUAUACAUUUCAGCUUGCAACAGAGAUAUAUACCUUCUUCCCUCUGGUUUUCUCUUUUCUUUCUUUCUUCUUCUUUACACAAUUCAGCUUGUAACAGAGAUAUAUACUUUCUUCCUCUCUGGUUUUCUCUUUUCUUCAAACGCAGGCUGUAUUCUCAGCAUACAAAUUUCCUUGUGUCUUCUAUGAUAAAUAACUCGAUUUAUCGUCUUCAGCUUUGGAUUAACGAACAGAAAUACAUAUUGUUAUAUUUCUUGUCCGGAGUUGCCUGGGAUGAAUCGGACAAGUUCCAUCAUUAUCAAAUGAGUCUCAUCUUUCCGUUCAUAAGUUAUCAGCGCUUCGAUUUCGAGUGUUGCUCCUUCAAAGACAAGACAGCACCUGACUUCCAAGUGAUUUUCUAA